ACAGACACACUGCAGGAAAACCGAGAGGACCCUCGGGGCAAGGGCGCAUUCAAGUUGGGGGCAGGCAGGCAUUGUGAGAGGGGAGGUGCAGAGCAGAGGCUGCAGAGUCUGGUCUCAGUUCCGCCCCCCAGAUUCACUCCCUAGGUGUGUUUGUUUAUGGGUCCUCCCUGUUCGCUCCAGCUCUCAGGGUGCAGCUCAUUCUCCCAGACUGCGGAGCCCUGAGCCAGCCAUGGGCCCCACCAGCAUCUUCCUCUGCGUCCUGUUCCUCUCUGGGGCACUGGGUCUCACCACUUCCCCUGCCCAGGGCCGGCUCCGCUGUUACACCUGCAGCUUCGCCAAGCCCUGCUACCCUGUUCCCACCGAGUGUCGGGAGGGGGAAGCUUGUGGCAUCAGCACAGGCACCUCAGAUCAGAACGAGAUCAUCCAACGGAAGGGCUGCCUCCCACGGGCACAGUGCCUUCUGCCGGGCCGUGCCACCUACUGGUCACGCUCCUAUAUUCUGCGGCACGAGUGUUGCGAGCAGGACCUGUGCAACACGGCCACCAAGCCGCAGGGGCUCCCCAGCCUCCUCCUCCUCCUCCUCACCCUGCUCCUGCUCGUGGCUGGCACCGCCUGGGGAGGCGCCUUCCUCCGCUAGCCCCAUGUGGAUCUGCAGCCCGCAAGCCGGGACUCCUCCACCAUCAGCAGCGCCCUACAAACACCUGUACAGACACUCCUGAGGCCUGCUCAAGAACCUGAUUCCGGACAGAGACUUCAGACCCUUGAGCCCAACACCUUUGCAGACCCCUUCCACUAUCUGAUUCCUAAGACUCCAGCCCCUACAGGAACCUGCCUGGAACCCAGGCUCAUAAAGGACACUUGUUCUGUA